AUGCGUCCUCCAGCAGGGAGCACCCACCACGUCCUCCUGCAGGGAGCACCUGCCACGUCCUCCAGCAGGGAGCACCCACCACGUCCUCCAGCAGGGAGCACCCACCACAUACGUCCUCCAGCAGGGAGCACCCACCACGUACGUCCUCCAGCAGGGAGCACCCACCACGUACGUCCUCCAGCAGGGAGCACCCACCAAGUCCUCCCGCAGGGAGCACCCACCACGUCCUCCCGCAGGGAGCACCCACUACGUCCUCCAGCGGGGAGCACCCACCACGUCCUCCAGCAGGGAGCACCCACCACGUCCUCCAGCUGGGAGCACCCACCAAGUCCUCCAGCAGGGAGCACCCACGACAUCCUCCAGCAGGGAGCACCCACCACGUCCUCCCACAGGGAGCACCCACCACGUCCUCCAGCAGGGAGCACCCACCACGUCCUCCAGCAGGGAGCACCCACUACGUCCUCCCACAGGGAGCACCCACCAAGUCCUCCAGCAGGGAGCACCCACCACGUCCUCCCACAGGGAGCACCCUCCAAGUCCUCCAGCAGGGAGCACCCAUGCGUCCUCCAGCAGGGAGCACCCACCACGUCCUCCCACGGGGAGCACCCACCAAGUCCUCCCACAGGGAGCACCCACCAAGUCCUCCAGCAGGGAGCACCCACCACGUCCUCCAGCAGGGAGCACCCAUGCGUCCUCCAGCAGGGAGCACCCACCAGGUCCUCCCACGGGGAGCACCCACCAAGUCCUCCCACAGGGAGCACCCACCACGUCCUCCCACAGGGAGCACCCACCACAUCCUCCAGCAGGGAGCACCCACCACGUCCACCCACAGGGAGCACCCACCACGUCCUCCCACAGGGAGCACCCACCAAGUUCUCCAGCAGGGAGCACCCACCACGUCCUCCAGCAGGGAGCACCCACCACGUCCUCCCGCGGGAGCACCCACCAAGUCCUCCAGCAGGGAGCACCCACCACGUCCUCCAGCAGGGAGCACCCACCACGUCCUCCCACGGGGAGCACCCACCAAGUCCUCCAGCAGGGAGCACCCACCACGUCCUCCAGCAGGGAGCACUCAGUCCUCCAGCACAGAGCAUGCACCUCGCCCUGCAACGGAGCACCCGCAGGGUGCCCAUGCGCGUAGAUGAAGGUAACAAGUAA